AUGAAGAAGGAGCUUGGUGUUGGAGGGACGGAUGCAACGGCGCUUCAAUCUACCGUUGAAAGUAUGCAAGCGAUAGCAGACAUGUACGACUCCUAUACAAAGGAGACUGUUAUUCCUUGGAUCGAGGAUUAUAAAGAGUACAACCAACCGGCCACAAACUAUGAGCCUCUGAUCGACAUGCACUACGGGACCUAUAAAAAAUAUAAGGAGGUAUCCGAUGAGAAUCUGAGUCAAGAGCAAUCAGAGGAUUCGUAUGUUGAAGCGAUCAGAUCACGUUGUGAUACUGUAUUCAAUGUCACGCUAGCGGAAGUAAACAGGAUUCAUGAAGAACGUGUUCGGGAUUUUCAGGAAGGCACCAAGCAAUACCUGGAUGGGCAGAUCGAAUUCCAUGAAAAGGUUCUUGAAGAACUUCGUCAAGCACGUGCCAAUUUCGAUGAGCCUCAUUAUUCGGCUCUUGCGCAAACGCCGCGAACUUCGAGCUCAUAUGAAGCUUUGAUCAAUGAACAGCAACUUACUUCAUCCCGUCCCGUGUCCUCUGUCGGGUCGAUGUCUGAUGUGGUUGGUGGUGUUGUUGACAGUGUGGGGAGCAUGGGAAGCUUCUUUAAAAAGACAGCCAGGACCUCUGUCGGAAGAAGUUCAAUAUUCGAUUCUCUGUGGGGAAAAUGA